AUGCCAGCGAGUGAUCCUGUAAGACUACGCAUCUUCUCUCUAAACUGCUGGGGAAUCCGCUAUCUCAGUAAGCUCUGUGAUGAGCGUUACGCAAUGAUUGGAGACCUGCUGAGCAGGGAGCAGCAUGAUGUGGUAUUACUGCAGGAGGUUUGGAGUGAAAAAGACUUCAACUUCUUGAAAACCAAGCUUGGCAGCACACACCAAUAUUCCUAUUAUUUUAAAAGUGGAUUUUUUGGCAGUGGACUGGCAGUCUUUUCCCGACACAGAAUCCAUGAUGUCUUUCUGUACAAAUACUCGCUAAACGGUUAUCCCUACAUGGCCCAUCAUGGAGACUGGUUUGGGGGCAAAGCUGUUGGAAAAGUACUGCUGAAUAUCAGUGGAUUAAAGGUCCAUGUCUACGUCACCCAUCUCCAUGCUGAGUAUAGUAGAGAGCAGGACUCCUACCUUCCCCACAGGGUGGUGCAGGCCUGGGAUCUUCAACAUUUUAUAAGGCACACGAGUGCUGGAGCAGAUGUUGUGAUUUUAGGGGGGGAUUUGAACAUGCACCCAGAAGACCUUGGCAUCAGACUGCUGCGCAGCUACACUGGACUCAGCGACUCCUUCAAGGAAACAAAGAGCUUUGAUGGAUGUGAACAGGGAUUCACACACAUCACAGAAAACCUCUUUACACAUACACCAGAGCUAAUUCCUUUUGGAGGAGGAGUUCGUAUAGACUACAUUUUCUUUAAGGGAACCAAGAGGGCAAAUGUUAGCUGUGAAUCUUUGUCUACUACUAAAGGCUCAGUCCCUGGCCAUCCAUUCCCUUACUCUGACCAUGAAGCUUUAAACGCCGAGCUGUUGCUUUCACCUUUAGAAGAAGAGAAAGAAGACUCCACUCGGAAAAAUGAAUGCACUGCAGAUAAGCUUUCUGACCUGAUAAACACUGUAACGGAGGCUCGUACGGAGGUGAAAGUGGGUUUGCACUGCGCUGAGCGCAUGCGCUACACGGCUGCUCGUACAGGGAUUAUGGGUCUGGCCCUGCUCCUACUAGAGCUAGCAAUCGCAGCUGUGCCAUGUUUUUCCUUGGGAGCUGAACAGCCAUUCCCCAAAGCAUCCUUCUACCUCCUGGGGGCGCUGUGCUUUGCCAUUCUUCUUUCUGCUCUCCUGCUGUACAUCUUUUAUGGCAUGGAGGUAAAAUCCCUACAAGGAGCGGAGGACCAGAUGAGGCUCGCAGUAGGUAGCCUGCAAGAACGACUUAAGGAGAACCUCAACCCGGACACUCCAGAGACAGAAGACUGAAAA